UCUGAGUUCAUUCCGUGUGGUAUUUUUCUCCAGGUGUUUCAGGCGGCUACUGCUGCUUCUUGGCUACAUUGUAUCAGUUCCCACACGAAGAACUACAGCGUCGUUCACACACAAACGGCGAAUACAGCGGAAUUAACCUGAGUGGAAAUCUAUUCGCCGUUGGAUUAUUUGGCCGAUAGUCACGGCAAGACCGGGGAGGGCUUGGGGUCGCACCUACAUCAUGUCUCCCCCGGGCUCGGUUGUCUUCGUUGUUGACGCCAACGUUAUCGCCACUUGACAUGGCACAAGUCCAGUGAAUGGCUGGCCUCUCCUCCUCUCCUGUGGUGGAUGUGUUGGGGGAUUGCGCUACCACUGGCUUCAUCUUUUCUUCACUCUGGAGUGCAAUUCAAAUGCCGUUAUUCUGACUCGUACUUUUUUGGAACGGAGUAGUCGUCACCAUGGAAGACCGAGGAGCCCUAAUACAAACGACUAGCUAAAUCGAGCAAUAUGUGGCCAAAUGGAACGGGAACGUUUAGAACGUGAAGAUCCUUUAACCCUUGCCCUUGUGUCCCAACCGUCCGAGAUAGCGUUGGACCUCACCGAGGCAAUCCUGGGCUGUUGCCACUAAAAUGUCCCUAAGUGGUGGCACUGCAGGCGGGAAAGGUGUGGACUCUAAUGCGGUGGACACUUACGACAGCGGGGAUGAGUGGGAUAUUGGUGUUGGAAAUCUGAUUAUUGACCUUGACGCUGACUUAGAGAAGGACAAACUUGAGAUGUCUGGCACCAAGGACGGCAUGGCGGCACCACCCAGUGCAGUGGCAGCGUUGCCUGACAACAUCAGGUUUGUUAGUCCAGUGUCUGGCUCUCAAGGCAAAGAAAGCAAAUCCAAAUACAAGCGCAGUAAAAGCUCUAAAGACAAUAAUAGCAAAGCUUCAAGUGGAGAUGGGGGCAAAAAGGAAAUUACAGGACGGACUCAAGGCGAGCCAACUAGCACAACAGUGGGUACAGCUGUUGCAGGCAACAAUUCAACCUCUGGGAAGAACAUUGAAAAAGGGGGAAAAGCCUCCAGAGGUGUUCUGAGUGGAAAAAAAGAUAAAGAAGGGGCAGCAGGCAAAAGUAAAAAGGACAAAACGGAUGGAGCGGCAGUUGUUGCCCUUGCUGCAAUGGAGAAGGAGGUUGUGUCCCAAGUCCAAGUUUCUCUGGGGAACAGUCGUAAUGCAAGUUAUGAGAGCACCCAAUCAACAGACUUAGUAGAAGCCAAUCAAAUUGUGAAUAUUGCUCUUGAGCCUGUUGGAAUAUUACCAGCAUUAACCACAAAAACUGAGCCAGAGGAGAUUGAAAAUGGUACUAUUGAAUGCAAGACUUUGAAGAAGGUGAAAAAUGAAAAGAUGGAAUCUCCUGUCUCAACACCAGUCCUUCCCCCCCUCCAUCUCCUUGCCGCAGUAGGCAACAGUGAGAUUUCCUCUCCAUGUGAACAGAUAAUGGUGCGUACACGCUCAGUGGCAGUGGACACUUCCGAUGUGGCCCUAUCUACAGAACCUGAGUGUUUGGGACCCUGUGAACCCGGUACCAGUGUCAAUCUUGAAGGCAUUGUCUGGCAGGAAACAGAAGAUGGAAUGUUGGUGGUAAAUGUAACUUGGAGAAACAAGACGUAUGUGGGCACACUUUUGGACUGUACACGGCAUGACUGGGCUCCGCCUCGGUUUUGUGAAUCCCCUACAAGUGACCUGGAAAUGCGUAUUGGCCGUGGCCGAGGUAGGCGGAUGAGACCAAACAGCAACACCCCUAUCAACGAGAACAGCAACUCGUCAGACAACAAAGGCACCACCACCAAUAAGACGCGUGCCGCCUCGAACAGUAAGGGCAGAAGAGGAAGCCAGACACCCUCGGAGCGUCGCACUCCACCCAACAGCAACACGGAGGAUCUGAAGGCCAGCCCCUCGUCGGCUGGAAAACGUAAGGCUAAACCAGCCUCUGACAUGGAGCCCAAUUCCAGCUCAGAGGACAGCAAAGGCAACAAACGCAUGCGGACGAACUCCAACAAUGGAGUCGGGCUACCAGGUCUCCUCAUUCCUUCUCUCAAAACGGAGCCACUUGCGCCUCCUGUUGAUCGGAGCUGUGCCUCACCGGUUCUUAUUGACUGCCCUCAUCCCAAUUGCAACAAAAAGUACAAGCACAUCAAUGGUCUCAAGUACCACCAAGCCCGUGCCCACACUGAUGACGAUGUGAAGUUGGAGUUAGAUGUAGACGGUGAAUAUGGAGAGGACUCGACAAUUCACCCUGAACCUGGGAACUGUAAUGGAGCAUCCAUCUCACAUAAAGGGUCACUGUCUCCUGCACGGUCAAUCACUCCAAAGGGAAGGAACUUUGAUGUUCAAAGUCCUUCCCCAUCACCGGGCAAGUUUUGCUCAAAGCAGAGCAAAAAGAGAAUUGCUGAAACAGACGCAGAAAGUGGAGGUACACCAAUGGAAGUAUGUGAUGAUGGUGCAUGCCUUACAGAUGACGCCAGUAACGAUGGAAUUGAUGAAAAAAGAGGCCCUGACAAGUACAAAAAAGGUAGCACCAAGGGUGAUAAAAUGGCUCCAAAAAAUAUGAAGUCACCUCGGGCAGUUGGCACCGGUUGUACGACAUCGCAGCAAAUGUUCUCUUUUCCACCAGGAAAUCCACAUUCAUCCCCAGGGCUGGUUCCAGUGUUGCAAGGAAUCCCUAAGAGUCCCCAAACGAAAGGCACACAACCUAAACCCGCUGCCAUAGGAGAGCCUGCCCCAUGUAGCUCGAAAGACAAGAAGAAGAAGGACAAGAAGAAAAAGGACGGUGGAAAGGAGGCUGACAGCCCCAAGUCUCUGGCAAAGGGAGGGAAACUGGAGGAGGGAAAACCACCAUACAUGGAAACGUGUGAUCAGGGGAAUAAAUCUGAAGGGCUUCUCAAUGGUUCGUCAGACCCACAUCAAAGUCGCUUGGCAAGCAUCAAGGCCGAGGCUGACAAGAUCUACAGUUUUUCUGAUAAUGCCCCAAGCCCUUCCAUCGGUGUCGGCAGUCGAGUAGAUGGCAGUGGCGUCCCCCAGCCUCUCACCCCACUUCACAUGGUGAACCAGAAUGGUGCUGAUAACUCCUCUGUGAAAACGCACAGUCCAGCUUACUCGGACAUCUCUGAUGCUGGUGAGGAUGGUGAAGGGAAACUAGACGGUGUCAAAAACAGGACAGAGGACCAGUCGCUCAGAGAAAGUGUCAAAAAAGCUCUUUUUCCAAAUCCGACACCCAGCAAAGAUUCCCCAUACUAUGCUGGCUAUGAGACAUAUUACUCGCCCAAUUAUAUCAACCCAAGUCCUGGUGGGCCCAAUUCAGGUACACCAGUGACAGAAGGUCAGGUGAAGAUUAAAAGAGAGGAUGACCAAGAUCAGGUUGAGGAGAAAGUCAAGAUCGAGGUUCAUGAGGAUCGCAAACCUGAUAGUGCUCCUGGACAUCAACAGCAACAAGCCUCUGUCAUUCAACCGAGAUCCAACAUGUAUAUGCAACCUCUUUACUACAAUCAGUACACCUACAUACCUCCUUACGCUUAUCAUUCAGAUCAGGCCUACCAUAACCAUUUAAUGAACACCAACCCAGCCUAUCGACAGCAGUUUGAGGAACGCCAUCGACAAAUGGCAGAGCAGCAUCGGGCUGCAGAGAAAAAGUCUGACAUUGUUAUGAAAGACAGAGAAGCUGCCAUUAAGGAGGAUUGGAAACAAAAGAGUCCAAUUCAGCCAAACCUCUCCAAAACCCCAAGUCAGUCUGAUCUUAGAAAGAUGCCACAGCCGACUAACAAAUCCAGGGACUCGCCCUCUGAGGUUUUGUCCAAAUCUAUGGGCGGCAUAAAGGGGGAAGACACAAAGUCCCAACAAGCUGAAGGGCUAAAGAUGAAGCUGACAGAAGGCCACCAUGGGAAGGAGGACUCCAAGCAAGCACUGGAUUCAAGAUGUCAGGCUGGUACAGAUCAAACUAUGUGGUACAGACAGCAGUACCCUGAGAGCCAAAAGACCCAAUUGGAAAGUGAACACCAACCACCACCACCACCACCACCACGAUGGAAAGAUGAACGGGACAGAGAACGGGAACGUGAUAGGAAAUCAAAGGACGAACGUUGCAGACCUAAAGACAGUCAAAGCGGACUCAAGGAGGAGAGCAAAGAAAGUACUGAACUUCGGAUAAAUUCUGAGGAACAUCGGACCCUUAGCAAAGACUCGCGUACAAAUCCCCACUUGCAGUUCUCAUCACCACUAGCACAGCAUCAAGGAUAUAUACCCUACAUGCAUGGUUACACCUAUGGGCAAGGGUAUGACCCCAAUCACCCGAGUUACAGGGGCAUGCCUUCGGUCAUGAUGCAGAACUACCCAGGUUCUUACAUUCCCGGAGGCUAUCCCUUUUCUCCGUACGGCAGUAAAAUAGCUGGAACUGAAGAGGCUAGCGACAAAUCUCGUACUAGCCCUACAGUCAACAAGAUGGCAACAGACUCCAAACCUCUUGAUAUCCUACAUCAACAUGGCAGCCAAUACAAAAGCAAAUCUCCAACAGUUGGUGACAAAGCCCCCCUUGAAAGAGAGCAGGAACAGGACAGAGGAGCUGGCGGAGAAAGAGAUCGGGAAAGAGAAAGAGACGUGGACAGGCCGCGCUCCUCACCUUCCCAGCGGAUGAUACCUUCUCACCACCACCUUGGAUACCCCUUGCUGUCAGGGCAGUAUGACCUGCCCUACGCCACAGGGAAGCCUGACCGUCACACCUCAACCCUGCAAAGAUUCAUGUGACUGGCUCACAUGUGACAAGGACCCCCCCCCGACAUCAGUUCAAUGGUGUUCUGUCUAUUUCGUUGAUCUGCCUUUGUGUUGGCAGCUUGUUUAUGUUGUUGCUCCUCCAUGACGAUCCAGGUUCAAAGCCAUCACUCUUUCCCUUCAUGCAGAGGAAUCACCUCUGAUGAUCUAGUCUUUGCACUGUCGACAAAUACAAUGCAAAAAUAGACGAUUGGACUUUUGUUUUUCUUUGACUACAUUGUUUUUUUGUCCACAGAAGAAACGAGCAGAGGUUUCCUGUUAGGUGACUGAUGGCAAAGGGGAGUGAAACUUUAAUGAAAGACUUGCAGAGAAAAUCUUAUUAAGAUGAGUUCAACUUUAUGUGUGUGGCAUUUUGGAUGCCCGUGAAGCAACAAUAUAUCUGAAACUUGACAAAUGUUUCUUAUUUCAUUGGGGAGAGGGAAUUAUGGCAACUGCUGCUUUCUUCAGCGACUCAGAGAACCUGAGAGUGAAGUUUUCAUUCUCACUGUCACUAUGAGUUCUCACCUUUGAACCCUCCGUUCGUGUUUCAGGGAUGAUGUCACAUGUUUUGGUGAAGGCAACGCGUACACCUCAACACAUAUUCAACACAUGGAGCCACGGUUGCUUUUGUAGAGACUCGUGUUCCGUACUGAUCGUCAUCAUCAUUUCAGAAUGCUGGUGCAUAGAUUGGUGUCACUUAGAGUGAAGCCACAUUAGUAUGAGAUCCAUUCACUGUGCCAUUGGAGGGGGGGAAAGUUUCUUUUCUCUUAUAAUGUAGAUUUUCAGCUCGGAUAUUCAUUCAUUCAUUCAUUUUCUACUGCUUUUCCUCACGAGGGUCACAGGGGUGCUGGAGCCUAUCCCAGCUGUCUUGGGGCGAGAGGCGGGGUACACCCUGGACUGGUGGCCAGCCAAUCACAGGGCACAUAUAGACAAACAACCAUUCACACUCACAUUCAUACCUAUGGACAAUUUGGAGUGGCUAAUUAACCUAGCAUGUUUUUGGAAUGUGGGAGGAAACCGGAGUACCCGGAGAAAACCACGGGGACAACAUGCAAACUCCACACCGAGGGUGGAAUUGAACCCUGGUCUCCUAGCUGUGAGGUCUGCGUGCUAACCACUCGACCGCCGUGCAGCCCGUUCGAAUAUACAGUAAGUGUUUAAAUGAUUAGAUUGCCCCAACGUGUGUCUGUCAUUUGAAUUGUCCAUUUUAAUCAACAACUGUUCGUACCUCAAUUGAAUUCCUCCCUCAUUGCUGACGUGGCUUCACUCUCACAUUUUCACACACACGUUUGCUUGUAGUUGAAGAUGAAAUCUAUCCAAAAUGGCUUAUUUGUUGAUUUGGAUUUGGAUACUACUCACAAAACGUCAGGGAUAUUAAACUUUCAAGUGAAAUUUUUAGAUCAAGCAAAAAUGCACUAGAGUUGUCCCUCACGACGUGGCAGUUUGAUUUUAGUGCCGUCAUUAUCAAAUCACAUUUUUUUUCUCUGAUACGAUAUGAUAAUAAAGCCAUAAACAAGUUGUCUAUGCCCUAAUUACAAAAAUAUUGUAUUUAUAAAUGAGGAAUCCCACGUUGCAGAAAUGUACUUAUCAUGCGGGUUCUAGGCAUUGGGUCUAGAACCAAUUAGCAGCGAUAAAAGGGGAAUUAUGAUAUCAUUUUUACAGGAGAAUGGCAAACAUGAUGAGAUAGUUUCAUCCUAAAAAUGACCUGAAAGCCAAAAAGCUCUAACUUUUGUGAGUAGAGUAUGUGAAGCUGAAGUUCAACUUCAACGACCAUGAAAUCGACCCCAAAAGUGUCAACAGAAGCCCGACUUUGGGUGUACUAUUCAUUGGUAAGGAAGACGGAGCCAUUAUCUGUGGCACAGUUGGCUUUUGAAAUCUGUACAUCACAACUCAUGAAUCAUCAUCAUCAUCCCAACGUCAUCAACAAAACGGCAUCUCCGUGACUUUGGUGGGUUUUUUAAGACAAGUGGCUGAAUCAAAUGAAUGUGGUGUUUGAUUAGUAUUUAAUCUGUAAGGGUAAUAAUCUAGGCAGCUGUGAUGUUGUCAUUCAAGUCUGUGGGCUUUUCGUACCAGCAGACUGCAUACUUAUAGUUUGAUCAAAUAAUGGUUGUGACAAGUGCAUUUGUUUGCUCAGAGAGUAGUAAUAUAAUAAUCUCAGUAGUCAGCAAAGCCCCGUGAAAAUAAAUCCUAUUCUAAAAAAAGGGUAUGAGAAGCCAGAAAGGUUAGUGUUUGCUUUCAUCAUAAUGGAAAGUGCUUGGCUCUUGUGUUUUGUUUCAUGGUGCAGAGUAUAUUUAUUGGCCAGCAGUUGGUGCCUAGUUCAACAUUCUUGUGUGAAAACACAAACGUCUCUCCUCGUUGGUCCUUUCCUGACCCACCUCUGUCAUACAAAGUACCAACAGCGGUGCUUGCAAGGAUGUUUACAAUGUCUGCCGGGUCUUCUUUCUAUGUUAGACAUCCAGAACUCUUCUUUCUCUCUUCCACUCUGCUCUCCAUCCCUCCCUCCCUCCCUUCAGGAGUUUGUGAAAAGUGUACAUUACCAUGGUUCCUUUUUUAUACAAUACUCUGUAACUUGCAUUUGUAAAUUUGGGCUGGAAAAAAUAAAUCUUUUUAUGAGACGA